CCCGGCACCAGGCGGGGCCCCGGUGGGAGCGCUGCAGCCGCAGCUGCUGCUCUGCAGAGCGGGGCCCGGGGUCGGGGCCGGGGCGCCCUCGUUCCCACUUUUCUCCCGCCGCUAUGAGCCAGGGAAGUCCGGGGGACUGGGCCCCCCUCGACCCUACCCCGGGACCCCCGACGCCCCCCAACCCCUUCGUGCAUGAGUUACAUCUCUCCCGCCUCCAGAGGGUUAAGUUCUGCCUCCUGGGGGCACUGCUGGCCCCCAUCCGAGUGCUUCUAGCCUUUAUCGUCCUCUUUCUCCUCUGGCCCUUUGCCUGGCUUCAAGUAGCUGGUCUCACCGAGGAGCAGCUUCAGGAACCAAUUACAGGAUGGCGGAAGACCGUGUGCCACAAUGGGGUGCUGGGUCUCAGCCGCCUGCUCUUUUUCCUGCUGGGCUUCCUUCGAAUUCGAGUUCGGGGCCAGCGGGCCUCUCGCCUUCAAGCCCCUGUCCUCGUUGCCGCUCCCCACUCUACUUUCUUCGACCCCAUUGUCCUGCUGCCCUGUGACCUGCCCAAGGUUGUGUCCCGUGCCGAGAACCUUUCUGUGCCUGUCAUUGGAGCCCUUCUUCGCUUCAACCAAGCCAUCUUAGUAUCCCGGCACGACCCGGCGUCUCGGCGCAGAGUAGUGGAGGAGGUCCGAAGGCGGGCUACCUCAGGAGGCAAGUGGCCCCAGGUACUAUUCUUUCCUGAGGGCACCUGUUCCAACAAGAAGGCUUUGCUUAAAUUCAAACCAGGAGCCUUCAUCGCAGGGGUUCCUGUGCAACCUGUCCUCAUCCGAUACCCCAACAGUCUGGACACCACCAGCUGGGCAUGGAGGGGCCCUGGAGUACUUAAAGUCCUCUGGCUCACAGCCUCUCAGCCCUGCAGCAUCGUGGACGUGGAGUUCCUCCCUGUGUACCACCCCAGCCCAGAGGAAAGCAGGAACCCCACCCUCUAUGCCAACAAUGUCCAGAGGGUUAUGGCACAGGCCCUGGGCAUUCCAGCCACUGAGUGUGAGUUUGUAGGGAGCUUGCCUGUGAUCGUGGUGGGCCGGCUGAAGGUAGCACUGGAGCCACAGCUCUGGGAACUGGGAAAAGUGCUUCGGAAGGCUGGGCUGUCCCCUGGCCAUGUGGACGCUGGGGCAGAGCCAGGCCGGAGUCGAAUGAUCAGCCAGGAGGAGUUUGCCAGGCAGCUACAGCUCUCUGACCCCCAGACGGUGGCUGGAGCCUUUAGCUACUUUCAGCAGGAUGCCAAGGGUUUGGUGGACUUUAGAGAUGUGGCCUUGGCACUGGCAGCUCUGGAUGGGGGCAGGAGCCUGGAGGAGCUGACUCGCCUGGCCUUUGAGCUCUUUGCCGAGGAGCAAGUAGAAGCACCCGACCGCCUGCUGUACAAAGACGGCUUCAGCACCAUCCUGCACCUGCUGCUAGGGUCACCCCGCCCUGCUGCUGCGACUUUGCAUGCUGAGCUGUGCCAGGGGGGUCCCCACCAGGGCCUCUCCCUCUGUGAGUCACUGCCUCCUCUGCCAGGACGGCUCGGGCCAUCAUCAGCACAGGCUGGGAGAGGGUGCUGGGGAUCCUCGUACAAGAGGUCAGUUCCAGGACUUCUCCCUCCACGAUCCGCUCCACGGGAAGCUCUUCAGCACCUAUCUGCGCCCCUCCCAGAAACCACAUGCCUCAUCCCCAGGCACCCCCACUGCUCUGGCCAACGGGACUGUGCAAGCUCCCAAGCAGAAGGGCGACUGAGCGCCUCGACCUCCCCAGCUUGCCUCCGGCCUACCCUGUGCCUCAAGCCCAUUUGCUCCUGCUUGAUUUUUUUGUUAUUGUUGUUUUUUUUUAAUUUGAUUUUCAUUUUUUUUGUUUGUUUGGGUUUUUUUUUUUUGUAAGAAACUAUUUUAUAUAUAAAUAUA